AUGGUGAUGAAUGUUGAGAUAAUCUCCAAGGAGAUAAUUAAGCCAUCAUCUCCAACACCCCAUCACCUUAGGAAGUUCAAGCUUUCCUUCUUAGACCAACUUGCACCUCUCUUUCAUUUUCCUAUCAUUUGGUUCUAUGAUUCUAAGAAAUUUGUGGAUGUUGAACCAUUUGAAAGAUCUCGUUUGCUAAAAGAGUCUCUAGCUAAAACCUUAACUCACUUCUAUCCAUUAGCUGGAGCACCUAUUAAUGACGAAUUCUCCAUCAACUGUAACGACAAGGGUGUGGACUAUAUUCAAGCUCGAGUCCUAUGCAAGCAAUCACAAGCGAUACACAAUCCAAAUGGCAAUGAUCUAAUCCAAUUGCUACCAUUUGAGCCCGAUAAUAGUUGCAAUGAUUUUGGAAAGGAAGUUCUCCUAGCUGUCCAAUAUAAUAUUUUUGAGUGUGGUGGAGUUGCAAUUGCUGUGUGUAUCUCACAUAAGCUUGCUGAUGUAAUAUCUGCAGUCAAUUUUGUUAAUGCAUGGGCUGGCACAUGUAGAGGAGAAAGUGAAGUUAUGAGCCCUAUUUUUGAUGCACACAUCCAUUUUCCUCCAAGAGAUAUAACUGGGUUCAUGCCAAAUGAAGCCUAUAUCUCAAAAGAAAACAUUGUGACCAGAAGGUUUUUGUUCAACAAAUCGAGCAUAGCCGCACUAAGAAGAGAAGCCUCUGCUGCAUUUGGUCCAGAAGACAGGUUUGCAUCACGCGUUGAGGUAGUUUCAGCAUUCAUAUGGAUGCAUAUGAUGGUGAUGGCUCGGACAAGGACAACAAAACCUAAGCAAGUAACAGCAGUUCUUGCAGUGAACCUGCGAGAGAGGAUGGUUCCACAACUUCCAGUGCAUUCCUUUGGGAAUCUUGCGAGGGUUGCGAUUGCAGCUGAAACACCGGUUGAGAUGGAGAAGGAUUACCAUUUUUUAGUGAGGCAGGUUAGGAACGCUAUCUUGGAAAUCAAUGCUGAGUACUUGAAGAAACUACAAGAUGGCCCUGUUGGAGAUCUGUAUUUUCUAGGGAAAAAAGACAAACAAUUCCAAAAUGGUGAGAUAGAGUCCUGUAACUUUAGUAGUUGGUGUAGGUUUCCUGUGUAUGAAGUUGAUUUUGGUAUGGGAAAGCCCACCUGGGUGUGUUGUCCAGGCUUUUGUUGUAAGAAUACGGUAGUCAUGAUGAGUACCAAAGAUGGUGAUGGAAUUGAGACAUGGGUGACCAUGAAGGAAGAAGACAUGGCCAUGUUCGAAAAUGACCAGGAGCUGCUCUCAUAUGCUAGCUAG